AUGGCCACAACAGCAUCCGUGUACAAUACGUCACGGACGACUCGCCAGAUCCUCCGGCGCCAUCGCAAGGACAAGCCGUCGCUCAUCCUGCAUCUGCACAACAACCACUUCCGCUUCGAACGUCAGAAUGGCAUGUUCCUCUUCGACUCGCCCGUCAAGGCGUUUCUGGGCUUCAUCCGCGACCAGAAGGUCCCUGCCGAUCUCAUCGAUGUGCUCACGGAAUCCGGCAUCAAAUUCUUCGAGGGAUGCUUGCUCGUCGACGUCCACGACCAUCGCAGCCAUGCGGCCGCUUCAGCCUCGCCUCUGGGCCCGCGCGAACUGAUGGGCAUGAGCGCAGCAGACCUGUUCCGAUCACGAGAUACCCGUGAUCCGAUGUCCAGCUCCGCGCUCGGAUUCGAUGCCGAAGGCGGUCUCGCCUCGAGUCUAUUUUACCUGCAAGAGGGUGGCCGAUACGGUGCACGCAAGCUGCUUGGCGGGACGAGCUCCAGCGAUCCCAGAGGCGGCGGAGCAGGCGGCGUCGAGAUCUAUCGUAUCGUACUGCAUCCGACGUCGGAAACGCUGUGGGCAGACAUCAAGAUGCUCGACGAUAUGGCGGGUAGCAUGUGGACCGACCAGGAGGCGCUCGAAGUCGAGGCCAAGAUCCUAGCACUCACAGCACCGCCCCUCUGCCUCACUCCCGACCCGCAGGCUACGCGCAUCGCCAACCUCAUGCUCAGCGCCACCGCCUUGCCGUCUGCAUACAGUCCGUCGCAGGAUUCGCCGUUCCGCUCGUCCAAGAAGCGCGGCGCCAACUCGAUCGAGAUGGAGCGCGAAGAGAUGGACCGCCAACGGCGCGAGAAGAUCAUGCGCCUCAUGCAGCACGGACACAAGGGCGCACUGCACGCCGGUGCUGCAUCGGGCAUGAUGCCCGGUGCCGGGCGAUCCGGUUCCGCAGCUAUGGAUCCAUCUGCCAUGCUCAAUGCCCAGGGUGCAUCCGCGUCCGCAGCCGCAGCAACGGCCUUCGUGCCCACCUUCGGCCGCAUGGGCUUCAUCGAGCGGUGGAGGAUGGGGCGCAACGCCGCAAUGGGACCCAUUCCUGGUGGUCCGGCACCAGGCGCAGCCACCGGUGCUGCCAAUGGUGCGCCCGGCGCCGCUGGCAAGAAGGACACCAAGAACGACAAGGAGGAUGCCGAUGCCGGCAACGCCUCGGCGGCCAAGAAGCCUCCGUCCAAAAAGAAGAAGAAGGCGCAGCGGGAGAAGGAGGAGGCCGAGGCAGCGGCGGCAGCAGAAACCGCCAAGAAGAAGGCCGAGGAAGAAGCGGCGGCAGCAGCAGCAGCGACCAAGAAGCCCAAGAAGAAGCUCACCAAGAAGGAGCGCGAGGAGAAGGAGCGCAAAGAAAAGGAGGAAAAAGAAAAGGCGGAGCGCGAGGAAAAGGAACGCAAAGAAAAGGAGGCCGCAGCUGCCAAGGGGUCCAAGCCCAAGAGCAAGAAGAAGCAGAAGGAAGAGGCCGCCGCCGCCGCUGCGGCAGCUGCAACCAAGAGUCCCGCAAAAGGCGGCAAGGCCGCUGCAGCCACCGCAGCUGCGAACGGGACCGAUGCAGCGGCUCCAUCGAGUCCAGGAAAAGACAAGAAGGGCUCGCCGAAGAAGGCUGCUGGGAAGAAGCCGGCGGUGUCAGCGGCUGCCACCACACCUGCGCCCGCGAGCGCGACCAAGAAGAAGACGCCUGCCAAGGCGGACAAGAAAGGUGCGAAUGCCAACAGCACGCCUGCUGGCUCGGCCGGUGGAGCCUACGGGGCUGCCGACGCUGGAGUCAACGGAGCAGCGGCAGCGGCUAUGCAAGGGACGCCGAUACUGGGGAGUGCGACGCCGUCUGUGCAAUCGACGCCCACGCCGGCGCACCGCUCGAUCCCGUCGCAGCCGCAACAAGGGCAGAUGCAGGCGCAAACGACUCCGCAGAUGCAGCAGCAGCAGCUCACGCAGCAGCAGCUGCAGCAGGCCGCGCUCGCAGGCAUGUUCCCCAACAUGCAGGCGCAGCAGAUGGGCUUCAACAACAUGGGCUUUGGACUGCCCAUGAUGAACGGUCAGAUGGGCGGCUUUCCUGCCACGAGCAAUGCGCAGAAUACCGCCGCCGCCCUCGCGGCCAUGCAGGGCAUGGGCAUGAACCAGUUCGGCAACGCCAACAAUGGCAUGCUCAACUUUGGCGCCGGCGGCAACAUGGCGAAUCUGGGACAGAUGCAGCAGAUGAUGGGGCUUAUGGGUGGAGGCUUCAACGGCAUGCCGUUUGCAGGCCAGCAGCAGGGCCAGCAGCAGGGUCAGCAACAGGGCCAGCAGGGCCAACAGGGCACGGGCGAUAUGCCUGUGGGAGUUGGACUGGCAGGUCUGGCGAAUUGGGGAACAGGAAAGUAG